AUGUCUAAGGUGUUUUUCGAUGUGGAGGCCGAUGGCCAGCCAUUGGGCAGAAUUGUGUUCCAGUUGUACAACGACGUGACUCCAAAGACUGCGGAGAACUUCAGAGCGCUAUGCACUGGCGAGAAGGGUUUCGGGUACGCUGGCUGCCCAUUCCACAGAGUCAUCCCUGACUUCAUGUUGCAGGGCGGUGACUUCACUCACGGGACCGGCGUGGGCGGCAAGUCGAUCUACGGCGGCAAGUUCCCAGACGAGAACUUCGUCAAGAAGCACGAGAAGCCAGGUUUGUUGUCGAUGGCCAACGCGGGCCCCAACACCAACGGCUCCCAGUUCUUCAUCACGACUGUGCCAUGUCCAUGGUUGAACGGUAAGCACGUUGUGUUCGGCGAGGUGAGCGAGGGUAUGGACGUUGUCAAGAAGGUGGAGUCCAUGGGGUCCUCUUCUGGCGCGACCCGUGCUAGAAUCGUGAUCUCCAAGUCGGGUGAAUUGUAA